CUCUCUCAGGAGUACUGGCCAUUCUUCCUUGGAGCCAGUCAUCUGCACUUCAUGCAACAGGGACACUCCUUCCCAUGGCACUCUCAGCCAUUCUUCCCCCACCUCCCCACCCCCUGUCCUCUCUGCAGGUCCCACCAAAAAAGACCAGCGGACCACACUGACUGUCACAAAUCUCACUCCACCUAGCUCUCUCUAGAACCUUGUCAUAAUUCCUGAUUGGCUGACACAAAAUUCUCAAGUUGAACAUCAUAGGCCCUUUUCUUUUGGCUGAAACCAAAACAUUCUAAAUGCAGAGCACACUGGUUUGAAAGAACUGCUUAAAUGAAAUACCUGCAGCAUAGCAGUAAAUAUCUUACCCAGUCAUUACACUCUACCACCAUGUCCUUUACACUCUUACCAUUACACUCUACCACCAUGUCCUUUACACUCUUACCAUUACACUCUACCACCAUGUCCUUUACACUCUUACCAUUACACUCUACCACCAUGUCCUUUACACUCUUAAACUCUUACCAUUACACUCUACCAAAAUAGUCAUGUCCUUGAGACUUAGGAACUUAUUAAACCAUUACUAAUAACACAGUAAUCAAUUAAAUGUUGUGGUUUCAGGACCCCUAAUCCAUUAGUAAAAGGAAGUAGCAUAUCUGACCAUGGGAAUUCUGCUUCCCAGGUGCAUCCUCUGCCAGACUAGCUAGGGGUUUCCUGACUCUCUGAAACCUCCUUAUCUCAUCUUCACCUUCUCCAGAUUCAACCACUCCUUGUGAUGUCAUCUGUCUACUGGAGGACGUCUUCCCCUGUUCCAUCACUGAAGCUUUCCUCAGUUUAAGCAGGUGCUGCUGAACAUCUUCAACCUCUGCUGGCACAAAACGGUGAGUCCUCUCUCGGAAAGAGGUGUCCUCGGUCACUCUAAUAGCGUGGCAAGUACUCAACAACAUCAGACUUGUCAGUAGAAAAGGCACCUUCCUGUUCCAACAUAUUCUCCUUUUCCAUUUCUCGUGUAUCGAUGAGUCACCACAGUUGCAUGACUUUGAUGUCAACUUCCUCGAUCCAGGAAAAAUAGGCACUACCAUCAUUGGAAAAAGUCGGGCAGUUGGCACCCUACAUUUGAGGGUUACCUCUCUCCAUGAGGUGUUCUUGAUAAUUACUGUCAUGCUGUUUACAGCUGAAGAUUUCUGUAGUUCCAAGUCUCAUCAGCACUCCUGGGGGUAAGCGUGACUCUUCUUGCUUGUCAUCAGGAGCAUCCACCUGGAUGGCUGAGGCGCUGGGCAUUCCAUCAAACGUGGGGGUUCCUGUGCCUCUGGCUGUUCCACCAGGACACAAUAGGACAGGUUUAGACUGGGUGUACCACACAGUUUCUUGUUUCUGUUCAUCAUCCUGCUUCGGAGGAACUUGCACUUCUCAAAAGCAGCUCUGAACACCAGGUGAAUGGACAGGCACUGCCGCCACUCUCUCCGCACUAAUCCUAACCUCACCAUCAAACCCGCAAACAAAGGUGGUGCCGUAGUGGUCUGGAGGACGGACCUCUACCUCACUGAGGCCAAAUGGCAGCUCUCUGACACCUCCUCUUACUUACCCCUGAAACAGGACCCAACCAAAAAACAUCAAACCAUUGUCUCCCGUACCAUCACUGCCCUUAUCAACUCCGGAGACCUUCCAUCCUCAGCCAAAAAACUCAUAAUUCCCACACCCCCCACUGCUCGCUUUUACCUCCUCUCCAAAAUCCAUAAGCCUGACUGUUCUGGUAGGUCUAUAGUUUGGGCCUGCUCCUGCCCCACCAAACUUGUAUCUACCUACCUGGACUCCAUUUUGUCACCCAUAGUUCAGUCCCUCCCUACCUACAUCGGGAUACAUUCCAUGCCCUCCACCUCUUCAAUAACUUCCAGUUCCCCAGUCCUGACAGCUUCAUUUUCACAAUGGAUGGCCAAUUCUUAUGCACUUCAAUUCCUCAUCAAGAAGGCCUCAAAGCACUCCGCUACUUUCUUGACAAUAGACCUCACCAGUUCCCCAACACCACCACACUCCUCCGGUUGGCGGAACUGGUACUCACACUUAAUAACUUCUCUUUCGGCUUUUCCCACUUUCUCCAGAUCAAGGGUGCAGCUAUGGGCACUCGCAUGGGCCCUAGCUAUGCCUGCCUCUUUGUGGGUUAUGUGGAACAGUCUAUGCUCCAAAUCUAUACUGGUACUGCUCCCCAACUUUUCCUUUGAUGCAUUGAUGACUACAUUGGUGCUGCUUCCUGCACCCAUGCUGAGCUCGUCAAUUUCAUUGACUUUGCCUCUAACUUUCACCCAGCCCUCAAAUUCACUUGGUCCAUCUCAGACACUUCUCUCCCCUUUCUCAUUCUCUUGGUCUCUAUCUCUGGAGAUAGACUGUCCACUGACAUCUUCUAUAAACCCACUGACUCCCAUAACUACCUUGACUAUACCUCUUCCCACCUUGCCAAAUGCAAAAAUUCUAUUCCCUAUUCCUGGUUCCUCCGUCUCCGCCGCAUCUGCUCCAAGGAUGAGGCUUUCCGUUCCAGGACAUCCCAAAUGUCCUCUUUCUUUAAGAAUCGUGGUUUCCCUUCUGCCAUCAUCAAUGAUGCCCUCAACUGCAUCUCCUCCAUUUCCCGCUCUUCAGCCUUCACCCCAUCCUCCCGUCACCACAACAGGGACUGUGUCCCCCUUGUCCUCACUUACCACCCCACCAGCCUCCGGAUCCAGCAUAUUAUCCUCCGCAACUUCCGCCACCUUCAACAGGACCCCACUACUAAGGACAUCUUUCCCUCUCUAUCCCUCUCUGCUUUUCGCAGGGAUCAUUCCCUCUGCGACUGCCUGGUCCACACGUCCCUCCCCACAGAUUUCCCACCUGGUAUUUAUCCCUGCAAGCGUAAGUGCUACACCUGUCUCUACACCUCAUCUCUUACCACCAUUCAGGGCCCCAAACAGUCCUUCCAGAUGAGGCAACACUUCACUUGUGAGUCUGUUGGGGUAAUCUAUUGCAUCCGGUGCUCCCAGUGCGGCCUCCUCUACAUUGGCGAAACCCGAUGCAGAUUGGGGGACCACUUCGUCAAGCACCUACGCCACAACAGACAGGAUCUCCUGGUUGCCACUCACUUCAACUUUCCCUCUCAUUCCCAUUUGGAUAUGUCCAUACAUGGCCUCCCCUACUGCCAUGAUGAGGCCAAACUUCGAUUGGAGGAACAACAUCUCAUAUACCGUCUGGGUAGUCUCCAGCCCCUUGGUAUGAACUUUGAAUUCUCCAACUUCCGGUAAUUCCCUCCCUCUCCCUUCCCCAUCCCACCUCUACUCUGUCUCCUCUUCUAGCUGCCUAUCACCUCUCAUAACUCUGCCUUCUUCUACUACCCACAGUGUUUUCCCCUUAGAUUCCUUCUUCACCUCUCCUGCCUAUCCUCUCCCCCACCCCUUGAUCUUUCCUCUGAUUGGUUUUCCACCCUCUCCCAACCUUCUUUAUAGGGCCCCUGCCCCCUCCUUCUUUAGUCCUGACGAAGGGUCUCAACCAGAAACGUUGACUGCUUCUUUCAACUGUUGCUGCCCGACCUGCUGAGUUCAUCCAGCGUUUUUGUACGUCUUGAUUUGACCACAUCAUCUGCAGUGCACUUUGUGUUUAGGGUUUUCAAAAAGCUCUUUCCAUUUUUUUCCUUGCAUGCUCCCACAAGCCUUCUCACAAAGGAAGUAUUGUUCCCACAAGAAUGGAAGCUCCACUCUUUUUGACUGGAUCCAGGCAGACCAAAACAUAGAAACAUAGAAAACCUACAGCACAAUACAGGCCCUUCGACCCACAAAAUUGUGCCAAACAUGUCCCUACCUUAGAAAUUACUAUGCUUACCCACAGCCCUCUAUUUCCCUAAGCUCCAUGUACCUAUCCAAAAAUCUCUUAAAAGACCCUAUCAUAUCCACCUCCACCACCAUUGCCGGCAGCCCAUUCCGUGCUCACCACUCUGAGUAAGAACUUACCCCUGACGUCUCCUCUGUACUUGCUUCCCAGCACCUUAAACCCAUGUCUCUUGUGACAACCAUUUCAGCCCUGGGAAAAAGCCUCUGACUAUCCACUCGAUCAAUGCCUCUCAUCAUCUUAUACACCUCUAUCAGGUCACCUCUCAUCCUCCGUCACUCCAAGGAGAAAAGGCCGAGUUCACUUAACCUGUUUUCAUAAGGCAUGCUCCCCAAUCCAGGCAACUUCCUGGUAAAUCUCCUCUACACCCUUUCUAUGGUUUCUACAAACUUCCUGUAGUGAAGCGACCAGAAUUGAGCACAGUACUCCAAGUGCGGUCUGACCAGGGUCCAAUAUAGCUGCAAAAUUACUUCUGAGAUCCUAAAUUCAAUUCCCCAAUUAAUGAAGGCCUAUACACCAUACAAUUUUUUAACCACAGAGUCAACCUGUGCAGCUGCUUUGAGCGUCCUAUGGACUCGGACCCCAAGAUCCCUCUGAUCCUCCACUCUGCCAAGAGUCUUACCAUUAAUACUAUAUUCUGGAAUCAUAUUUGACCUACCAAAAUGAACCACUUUACACUUAUCUGAGUCGAACUCCAUUUGCCACUUCUCUGCCCAGCUUUGCAUCCUAUCAAUGUCCUGCUGUAACUUUGACAGCCCUCCAUACUAUCCACAACACCCCCAACCUUUGUGUCAUCAGCAAACUUACUAACCCAUCCCUCCACUUCCUUAUCCAGGUCAUUUAUAAAAAUCAUGAAGAGCAAAGGUCCCAGAACAGAUCCCUGAGGCACUCCACUGCUGACUCUAUUGGUGUGUCAAUAGUCCUAUUUACUCCAAUAUCUUCUUCCAAAAGCUCCAGUUUCAACUACAAGUAACCAUCAUAUGGGUACUCAGCGGUACUCCCUUGAACCUCAAUGGAUGGCCAAUGCAUCAAAUACCAGAUGUAAAAGGAUCUAUACAGCAAAAUAACUUGAGAAUCUGUGUCAAGUAUGACUCUAGCAUAAACAUCUUCAAUCCAUAUGGAUACAUCAGAGCUUGGUCCCACCAAACCUUCAAGAAUACUGUUUUGCACUUUAGUAUUUCCCUUGAUUCAAGGAACAUAUCCUCUCUGAAAUGCCAACCCAUUCCUUUACUUGGGUCUCCUCCCCUCAGUUUUGCUCUGUUUGAUUAACUGCUGGUUUACUUUUUGAAGAUUUAGUUGUCCCUCACAAUCUCGCUUGAGAUGUCCACCUUCUUUACAGCUGUAACAGAAUAUACCAGUUGCCACUCUAGUUUAGCAGCAUUCCUCUGCAUUGUAAGUCCUACAGGUGGGUUGGGUUUCCCAAUGGACAUAUCACAUUUAGCUGAAACAUUAGCAGCCAUCCAUCAAAUCAGCUCAGCUUGGAAGUUAUCCAGCUCAUUCCUCAGAAGCUCCUUCUCUGUGGCAUCAGGGGUCACUUUAGCAGCAGAAGCUACCACUGAAGACAGUACUCGGGUUUUGGAAAUGUUCUGCUUCUCAAUCAUGUUUCCUCCUCUCUAAAUUCCCUGAGUAACUUUAGUAAAAGAUGGAGGAAGGCACAUCUGGUGGGUCAUUUGACUAAGUAGUGCAAUCACGUCAUGUGACAGUUUGUUCCAUCCUCAAGCAAUUUCUCUCGGAUAGUUGAAUACCCACUUUGUGGCACAAACAAUGCAGCAAUUUCUCCAACCUGAAAAGGCAGGUAGGCGGCUUCUCUCCUUCCUCCUAGACUGUGUGUCUAGACUUCAUGCUAAGAUCGGCUGCACUUCCAGCAGUGCCAAAAGCACCUCCGAGAGGUUCCAAGUAAUUGACUGACGUGGCUAAUGGAUUUUCUGCCUUUAGGAACCUCACCAUAUCAGCUGCCAGACCCUUUCAACUCUCUACCAGUCUCUGUUUUUUCGUAUUAACUGAGCACUGCUAUUCAUCACGUAACUGGAAUGUCUGCUCAGCCCAAGCCUCAUAUUCUUCUUCCUCAUCACGUGUGGGCUUGACUCCAGAUAACACUCUCAGCCUCUCAGCCAAUAAUAACUCUGGCUCUCCACAGAUACACUUCUGCAUUGAUCAACCAGUGAUAUAAUAGCCAAAACUAGCUGAGAAUCAACUGCUGAAGCAACAAUGAGACUUUCCACAUCAAACAACUCUUGACCCUCACUUUGCAGGAAUGAGAACAACUUGUCUUUAAACUCUUUGCCCUCAGCUACAUGCCCACCCUUCUCUAAAAAUAUGGACUGCCCAUGGCCCUGCCUCUCCAGGCUCUCCCAACCCAUGCAACUUCUGUCACAUCACUGCUAGCCUGAACUAACACAACAUCCUUACUAACUAAUUGGUGUUCAAUCAAUGUAUCUUUCCCCAAAAUCUUUACAGAACUUAGCACUCUGAAUAAAAGUUCAUUGGGAAUCCAGACAUCCACCCCACUCAUAACACAAGCAUUAUUUGUGGAUAAUCUCUUUGCAAUGAACCAAUCUUUAAUCCCUUCGUCAUCCAUAAUUAACAGUCACUUUUAACACACAAACUGCUUAAUCAAUUCUUAACAGUAAAUACACAGCAUUCAGCGAAUCUCAGAUGAUCCCCCAUAUUUGUAACCCCCUCACCGGGUCUCCUUUGCAAACUUGGCUCAUUAGCUGGCUCUGCUAUCAGCCAUAGGACUCAGCAGUGAGAAGGCCACUUUUCAUAAAUAAUAUAUGUCUAGAGUCAACCAAAAAAGAACGUUGUGAUGUUCUGAUUAAAGGAACCUAAAUUUGGGUGAACACUGUGUAAGUACUGCCCAUCCUGACUUGCUGAUGCAGCAUUUUUAGGUUGAACAUCAUGGCACCCUAUCUUUUAGAUGAAACCAAAGUAUUCUAAAAGCAGAACACACUGCUUUUUCAGAGCUGCUAAAAUGAAAUGGCUGCAGCAUAGCAGUAAAAAUCUUAACCAGAACAUUACAUCAGCAUUUAUUAUUUAUCGUGAACUUACACAGGACAAGCUUGCCGCUCUAAAUCACACUAACCCUUCUGGUGAAUAUAUUCCCAGUGUGCUGUUAGCUAAGAGCUUCCAUGAUUUUCACCCAGUGACAAUGAAGGAACUAUGAUAUACAGUUGAUUCUGGUUAUCUGGGCUAUUGACUACUUGGAAUAACUCUUAAAGAACAAAAACUAAAUCAAGAAAAUUGCCAGGAUUCCCGUCAUUUAUUUGAACACUAUGCUACUUAAUUUGAGGAAGAAGACUAUUGCUGAACAGUGUCCAAGUAGCAUCAGUCACAUGUACUUGCUGACUAUCAGACACUACACAAUUCCAACUUGAGUUACAUUCACAUAGAGCAGUCACCCCUCUAAACUCCUAUGUGGUCACACCAUAGAAAACUUACAGCGCAAUACAGGCCCUUCAGCCCACAAAGCUGUGCUGAACAUGUUUUUACCUUAGAAACUACCUAGGGUUACCCAUAGCCCUCUACUUUUCUAAGCUCCAUGUACCAUAUUUAUGCAAUUAACAUGUUGUACCUAACUCUUCACAAUUCCAGUUAAGUUUGUAUUGCUGGUGAUUCCUCUAAGAUACACUGUGGUAACACUAUUGAUUUUUAAGGGUAGGUGGUCAGAUCCUCAAUGUUGGUAACAACCAUUAGCAGUCACUUGGUUGUGCAAAUGUUACUUGUAUUUACCAUUUUAAGCUUGUGUUCUUAUAUCCAAACUUAUUGCGUGCAGCACACAGUGUUUUAUUAGCUUUGAAACUUCCUCAUUUCUGACCUUACAAGGAAGGGUCAAUGUAAGACCAGCUGAUAAUCAUUGGACUUAGGACAUAAAUGCUCUGGGACUGAUUAACUUUCAAUAAUCACAACCAUUGUCAUUCCACUUUUAGUUCCUUUCCUUAUAACCUUAAAUUUAUAAUGAGGCAUCUCUUCAGAUCUUCUGUUCAAUUUCAUGUAGCUGGAGUCACGACUUGUUGGGAGAAGCAGGAUAUUAAAAAAAAAAUAAGCCACCUGUCAGGACUUUCUGUUCAGUUUCAGAUUGACUGGGUUAUUAAGCAAUUGGCAAGGACUGAACAAACAAAUUUGAUUUGGGUGGCGAGGCCAUAGUAUGCAUGGACAAGGUAAGAGUGAGGAAAUGAGACUUUAGUUCAAGUGGCUUCAGUAAAAUGAAGUGGAGGCCAAGUCUCGGAGGCGGACGUGUGAGCAGCCUUCUGGAGGGUGAACCCACAACAAGUAUGCCCCAGCACAGAUGGAGUACCUGGCCAAGAACUAAAGACCUACGCUGAUUGAAUGCUGACUGAGAUCUUUAACCUCUCACUUCGGCAGUCUGAAGUACCCAUCUGCUUCAAGUUUACCUAGAAAGGAUUGAAGGUAGUGGAGAAGGAAAGGUCAGUGCCUUUAAGCCGUUCUGUUUCGUGAAUUCUUCGUGGGAAGUUCGACGUCGGGGAUCGAAGCAAGCGACGUGAAAGAGAACCUAAAUCGUCCUAUAAAGUCUCUCCUUUUAAAUGGACUGUGAGCAUAUCGAACUUUUGGCAAUACCACUUUUAAGAACUGUUUUUGGAAUAUCACUUUAAGAACUGUUUCUGCAAUAUCACUUUAAGAACUGUUUGGGCUGCCGCUCAGCAGCUGUUUCCGGUUACGGUAGUGUUUGUUUACUUUUGGGGGGUUUGUUUUCUGUGUUUAAUAAACGUGUUGUUUGUUAUAAGAAACCCUUGCCGAACUCAUAUAUUUAUUGUUGCCGGAAUACGUAACAAUAUAGAUACACAGUUACAGGUAAAGUACAAUAUUCUUUAAGUAGACAA